AUGGUAUCGACUCUGACUCGAAAUUAUCUAUCAAGUCAUAUGUGCUAUACGGGUGCUGCACAGGAAAUAUACAACGUGCCAUUCCAAACGAGGAAGGUUUUCCAACCAUCAAAGUGCUUUAUCGGGGAUUCUGCCCGUGUAUCUGCACCCGGUCUCCCCGAGCUCGCAUACUACCUGACGGCUCAUGUUAUAUCCCACGUCUUAGACCGGGUUCGCUCCGACCUGAGACUUCUUGAAUCGAUCGGAUGUCUAGCUGGACAAGACCUAGAGAUUAUCUUGGCCAAGCUACCAGUAGAGAUUGUCGCCAAUGAGCCCACUCUCGUCCUUACCAGUUCCGUAGCUUCGCCACCGCCGAUUGCUUCGCCUGGGGCGAUGAGAAGAGCGCCGCCUAUUCCACCCAGCCGAUACACCAACGUGCAACCGGCACCGCUAAUGGCUGAAGCUAAAUGGAGCUACAAUUCUGAUGAUCCAGCGGACCUCACUUUGAAGGAAGGCGAUCUGAUCGAGAUCAUAGAGGAGACAAGUCCAGAUUGGUGGAAGGGCCGCCUGAAUGGAAGGGAGGGGUUGUUCCCUUCAAAUAGAUGCGUUAAAUUAGAGCCUGCCAUGGGAAGUGGUUCGACUUUAACUGCCGGCCCUCGCCGGUUUCUUUCAACACAUAAUGCAUCAAAGACGUUUUCUGCCACCACAGGCUUGAAUAAAAUUGGUCUGACGCCGGCAUCAGUCGAUCCCGAGAAGAAAGACAAGUACUCGCAACUAAAAUCGACAAUGGUACAUUCAGCUGCGUCUGGGGUAGGAGCAGGAGCAGAUCCUCUUCUUGCUCACCUUAUUUCCCGACUUGAAGCCGACGUUCGUUUCCUUGCGGAUCAGGGCCACAUUUCGCGUGCGGACUCACAAACCGUACUGGGCGUAUUUUCCCGCGCUGGAACAAAUGCUUCAGUUACUAAUACAAUGAGCGCUAUGAAUAUCGGCAACAGGGAUGUACCUAACACAGGAAUGCCGACGCCGUACGGUGCGCCUAGCCCUCAUCCAAUGCCCGUUGCUCCAGCUUUCAGCGCUCCUUCACUUGGAUCCUACAAUACACCACCCCCGGCGUUUCCCGGCGGCCCUCCCGCAAGCUCUCCCUCUCCGGCUCCUAAUAAUGCACUAAAGAGACCGGUUCCGCCACCUCCGCCAGCUGGCGCACAAUGCAAAGCCAUGUGGGACUAUAACUUGGAUGGAUCACUCAAGGACGAUCUAUCUUUUAGAGCCGGUGAUAUCAUCCAGAUCGUCAAGGAGGACAACGCUGAUUGGUGGACCGGACGCCUGAAUGGUAGGGAGGCUAUGUUCCCUGCCAACCACGUUGAAAAGCUCCCCAACACUCCAUCUUAUGGUUAUGACGAAAAACAACAACAUAUGCAGGCUCACCAACACUAUGCACCCCCGCCUGGCCCACCCGCCGCCUACCAACACGGGGGCCCAGCUCAGGCUGGACCUCCGACAGAGGAGGAAAAGAAAAAGUUCAAACUUGGAAAGUACGGAGGUAUGGCAGCAUCCGGUGCAGCGACUGGUGUUGGCUUCGGAAUAGGUGCAGGUCUCGUCAAUGCCAUCUUUUAA